AUGCAGCAGCGCAACCAGCUUGCACCGCUUCCGUUGCAUCGACUCCAAGGCGGACAGCUGUGGUGCGUUGCCGCCACGAUGACUCGCGGCUCACUCGCCCAGGUCGAAGCGCUGGCCCGAGCGCUGACGCCAUCCCGAAAACUCUUCAUUGCUCGAGAUAAUGGGCUCCACGAACCGCCACGAAUUGUGCGUAUUCGUUUCGAACUAGUUCAGCAUCCGCCGCAGAAGGUGACGCGUUUGCUCGAAUGGCUGCAAGCCGACGCUCGUGGUCUACUCCGAGACGGCAAAAGUACCCUCGUGUUCUGUAAUUCCAUCCAGACCUGUCGUUUCGUGCAGCACACGCUUCGUGAGCAGGGCGUCCUUGCCCUCGCGUGCCACGGCGGGAUGCCUACACGUAUGCGAGACGCGGCAGUAGAGCAAUUCGCCAACGGCACCGCUGAUGUGCUGAUUUGUUCGGAUUUGAUGGCACGGGGAAUCGAUUGGCCCUUUGUCGGGCGAGUGCUCAGCUUUGACGCACCAGCAACAUACCAUCAUUUUCUGCACCGAGCAGGACGUCUACGUAGGGGCGGUGAUUGCAUCACGCUCAUACGCAGAGCGCGCAGAGAGCAAGACCUCGCCAUGAUGAUUGCGAAACGGUUUCCGGAGCGCACUCAUUGGCAGGUAAUGGAGCAGCAACCAAGCCUUGGGCGUGAUCGGCUCCGGCCCUGA